GUGUGACUCAGGCGCUGCCAUUUUGAGGGGACGGUGGUGGCUGCGCACUUCUACUCCGCCCUUGCUCCGUGCCGAGGCACAGGCGCUCCCGCUCCCUCCUGCCCGCUCCUGCCGUCGACCUCGAGGACGUCCCGGGACUGCCUGGGCGAAAAGCGGCUCUCCUCAGCCCUUCCGUCAUUCUUCCCGGCCGUCCCGGUCCUCCUUCGACGCCGCUCCAGGAUCUCUAUGCCCGUCGCCCUCCUCCGUAGGAGCCACUAGCUCAGGGACAGCGUCCUCCUCCUUCCGCCGCCGCCGCCGUCGCCUCUUCCUCCUCUCUCCGCCACCAUUUCCCUACUCCCCGGCCUCGGGGCGCUGAGCUAGACUAUGGGGACCAGGUCGGGGCCGAGCAGCGGCAGAGCGGGCGGCCCGGUCACCGUGUCCCCUGCGGCAGGGAUGGGGGGGCUCCGCGGCUUCGUGGCUUUAUCUUGACAUGGCUCCUCUUCGUGCUGCCAGCACCGCCGCCACCUCCUCCUCCACUGCUCCUCCUGCGCCCGCCGGCUGCGGGUAGCGAGCGGGCCACGGUCCCGGGCUCUCGUCGGAGCCUCUSAGUCUCUUGCUUAACUGGGGGGGAAGCUUUGGGAGGGGUUCCUUUUUUUUUUGUUUUUGUUUUCCGUUGUUUUUUCCCGUUCUCUCCAGAGAGAGAAGGGGGAGAAAUACUUCUUCCCCCUCCUCUUCUUAACCUGGUUCGGUGAAUUUGCUAACCUAAAAACUUUUUAACCCCCACUAAUCAAACACCUGGAGAGGGGAAAAAAAUGUCUGGAGAGUGGAGGAAAAUAACCUGAUAAUUGGGGAAUUGGUUUUUUUCGGGGAGGGUGUUUUAGAGGUUUAAAAUUGCAACCCCGAUUGCAAUUUAAAAAAAAAAAAAAACCUCGCAAAAAAUUCUUGUCACCGAAAAGCAGGAGCAAAACACACUCSAUGUUUUCGGAGUCGUGGCCAUGAAGUGAGAGUGCAGAGAGGCGGUGCUGCUGUGGGUGUCCCGCUGCCCCGGGCGCGGCCGCCCUGCGUGCAGAGAGAGGCUGAAGGGAAAGCCAAGAGCGCCGGCCAUGCUCAGCCUCGGCUGACUGUGCUCGCAGCACUUGCAGAGAGAGAGGGAAGGAUCCCCGGGGGAUCAGCAGCCCAGGGAGUGUAUGAGGUGUCGGGGGAUGUAGGGCUCUCCCACUGGUAGGGAGCCCGGGUUUGGGGCACCGAUUCAGGUUUUAGUCUCUCGGUGAGAUAAUACUGUCUUUAGAACCCCUGUCCGCCCCUUGUCAAUGGCCAUCAUGAUCCCUCUCCUYUUUGGCAGCAGUAGCCUCAGGGCAAUGAUGAGCAGGAUGAAGUUAGAAAUGACUCCGCUGUCUUUUCUCUUUGCUCCCCUGCAAACCAGCGCUGUGUUGUCUGUAGUUGAUUUUGUUGUUGUUGGCGGCAGAGAAAUGUCAUACUUCCCGGGUUGUGCACUCCUCCUUUGCACCCUUUUCUCUGCUCUCCACCAAGUGUAAUAAUUCUAAAGAAAAAGACGGGCAACAUAGCAAUAGAGGAAGGCUGAGAAUAAUAAUCAGUAGAGUCAUGAAUCUGGCUGGGGUAAAAAGCAAUCUGUAAUUUCAGCUUCGGUUUUUUUUUUUUUUUGUAAGCAGAGCAAAAGUACCCCCCCAUGGAUUGGGCUUGUGCCAGCUGCUUUUUAUUGUACACAUAAAUUGUGAUAAGAUUUGUUUGGGGUUUGAUUUCUUUUUCUUCAUUCUUACCCACUUAUUCCUGCAGCGAAACUGUUCAAAUUUUUCUCUUCAAAAUUCUUUGGGUUUUUUUCCUUGAUUUAUUGUAAAACCUCUUGUCCAGCUAUGGCUGGACAACUACUUUCUUUCUUUCUUGACCCCUCCAAUACGACAUUCUCGUAAAAUACUGCCUGAGGUGCGGUUUUGGGUUACAUUAGCGUUUGAUCUAUUCAGUCGUAUUAGCAGGAAUCAAACGACUUGUUUCUGUUGUACUUAAGUCUUACGAAAAGGUGCCCAUAGUUUAGCUACAGUUUCCAAAGGCUUUAGUACCACCUGUAUUACAAAAUGGGGGACCCAAACUCCCGGAAGAAACAAGCUCUGAACAGACUUCGUGCUCAGCUUAGAAAGAAAAAAGAAUCUUUAGCUGACCAGUUUGACUUCAAGAUGUACAUUGCCUUUGUGUUCAAAGACAAGAAGAAAAAGUCAGCGCUUUUUGAAGUGUCUGAAGUGAUACCAGUCAUGACCAAUAACUAUGAAGAAAAUAUCCUGAAAGGUGUGCGGGAUUCCAGCUAUUCUUUGGAAAGUUCCUUAGAGCUUCUGCAGAAGGAUGUAGUACAGCUCCAUGCACCCCGCUACCAGUCUAUGCGCAGGGAUGUGAUCGGCUGUACCCAGGAGAUGGACUUCAUUCUAUGGCCUCGUAAUGAUAUUGAGAAGAUAGUCUGUCUCCUGUUUUCUCGGUGGAAGGGAUCUGAUGAACCCUUUAGGCCUGUUCAGGCCAAGUUUGAAUUUCAUCAUGGUGACUAUGAAAAACAGUUUCUGCAUGUUCUGAGCCGAAAGGACAAGACUGGAAUUGUUAUCAACAACCCUAACCAGUCAGUGUUUCUCUUCAUUGACAGACAGCACUUGCAGACUCCAAAAAACAAAGCUACAAUCUUCAAGUUAUGCAGCAUCUGCCUGUACCUGCCACAGGAGCAGCUCACUCACUGGACGGUUGGUACCAUAGAGGAUCACCUCCGUCCCUACAUGCCAGAGUAAGGUACUGGCCAGCAAAAUGGGGAAGAUCACAGAAUGCAGCAGUGGAUUUUCACUUUCCCUCACCACUUUAUUCUUUCCGAAUUUAGAAGAAAAUGGACUCAUGUUCAGAACACUAUACAUUGUGAAACUUGAUCAUCCUGGAUUUUUUUAAUCAUUUGUAUCUCAGAACUUUGCAAUUUUUUUUUUUAGAUGUUUUCUGCAUGGACCUUGUGAAAGAGAGGAUGCUCUGCACACUUCUGCACAGCAUCAGCAUCUUACUAAAAUGUGAAAUGAAGGGACUGUACAAUGAAACAAAUGUAUCUGAAAGCACAAGGUGAUCAUUUGUGGUGGUAYUCCCAUUUGUGCUGGUCAUGCCCCCUAACAUCUCUAAUGUUAACCAUCAGUAUUUUGAGGGUGAGAAGUGAAUGUAAUGGGUAUAAAAGCCUUAUACCUUUGCUGUUAAUGAUUGUAUUGAAGAGCACUAUCAUUCAUUCUAAUGAACGAAGAAGUGGCUAUUACAAUAGGAAGUAAAUGUGGGAAAGAAAUCCUUUCUUUCUUUAAAAAAAGCAUCUCAUUUAAUGUUUAGGCAUUUUUUGCCUCUUUUAUUUUGCUGGGCCAUGUCUAAGUUUACUGGCACUUUUGUUUUGGAUCUCUUUCCCCAAGUUGCUGUAUAACUGUAUGAAGGUAUUCUUUUAAGUUGGAUGCUUUUAUACAGAUGAGGCAGACCUGGAGUCUGAAGUUGCUAAAGCAGCUCAAAAAAAGGUAAAAUAAUAGCUGCAGAAACAAUGUUGGUAGAGGAUUAUUUUUUCUUGAGAGUUGAGACUUGUAAACUUGCAGGUGAACUGUGCAGGAAAUACUGGUUUCUAAAACAUUUCUUAUGGAAAACCCAUCGAGGGUUUGGUUUUUUUUUUUCUUUUGGAAUAGACAUUAUAAACCAAUGUAAAAUAGUGUUUGGAGUGUGAAAAGUUUGUUCUGACAGAACAUUUUAAGAUUGUGCAAUGAUAAAAGGAAGACUACUGUAUAGUUUUGAUGACAAAGAAGGCUCUGCUUAAGGGUUGAGUACUUUACUGGAGUAAAACUGCAUAAGCCUACUCCCUUUGGAUAAAACUAGUGCUUACCUGUUUAAAACUUGUAUUUAGCUUUUGUUUGGAAUUGGAAAAAAAUUGGAAAUUAAAUAAAUUAGGUGAAAGA